UAGGACCAAGACAACGGGCUGGUAGAGGGUCUGUUGGUGGAUAUCUUCUUUAUUUGUCAUAUGCUUCUAGGUUUUCUUUUCUUUUCUUUUCUUUUUUUUUUUUUUUUUCCCCUUAUUUAGCUAACUACCCAUAACUCUUUCCGUGCCGACUGAAGAGCUAGGGAAAUCCGCAACCUGCCGCCCCACCACAAGCAAAACAUUAAGAGUUGCGGCGAAGGCUUCUGGGCGCCCACCUAACCACGCUAGACUUCUUCUAUUCAAACUUCACUCAAGCCAGGAAAGGAACCAAAGGAAUAUUCUUGCCACGGACAGUAUAUCGAACCGAAACUCCUCCUCAGCCGAAAUUAAACGCAAUGUCAGACACUGAGACAGGUCCAAGCAAGGAAGUUAUCGCAGAGCGCGAACGCGAAGAGCGUGAACGCAAGGCAAAAGAGGACGCAGAACAAGCCACACUACCCUACAAAUGGACGCAAACGAUUAAAGAUGCCGAUGUGACGAUUCCUGUAGCGGCAAAUAUCAGAGGGCGGGAUUUGCAGGUAGAUUUGAGUAGGACUAAGAUCUUCGUCGGCAUUAAAGGCGGAGAGACGUUUAUCGAUGGAAUGUUCCCACACCCAAUCCGCGUCGACGAAUCGGCCUGGACCCUCGAGCCCACCUCCCAGCCCCCCGGCAAAGAAAUUUCUAUCCACCUCGAUAAAGUUAACCAAAUGGAAUGGUGGCCGCAUAUCGUGACGUCCGCGCCACGCAUUGACGUGUCGAAGAUCACGCCUGAGAAUUCAAAGCUAGGAGAUUUGGACGGUGCGACGAGGAGUAUGGUAGAGAAGAUGAUGUAUGAUCAGCGGCAAAAGGAGAUGGGGAAGCCGACGAGUGAUGAGGAGAAGAAGAUGGAGCUGUUGAGGAAGUUCCAGAAAGAGCAUCCGGAGAUGGACUUUUCCAACGCAAAGAUUGGUUAAAUGCAAAUAUGCAAUUAAAUCGUAUAAAAUAUUCAAUACGCAAGCGCAGACUCGGGAUGGCAGGAACAGAGUGAAAAGAACCUGGCCAAACAUGAAUCUAGGCGUACUAAUAUUAAGUGUGACGAGCCAAUGGGACGCUCUGUAUGUGUGUAGGUAGAAAAGGGUGGAUAUGAACAUACCAUGAUUUACGAACAAUGAAAGGAAAAUCUGUGACCAUUAUAAAAAUGCAUACAGUAGCUACAAGAAACCGGGGUCCGGAGUUAAGCGCUGGUCAGCUUACUCCUCAUGUGGUAGAUGAUAAGUUCAUUGAUCGAAGUGUGCGCUAACUCUUAUUUAAAAACAAUCUACUGUAUAGAGAGAAAUAGAGAGAAGAAGUCUAAAUAAAUAUGGUUGGUAUCUAAUCUAUUAAUACAUAAAUCCCAAGGGC